AUGUCUAACUCAACCGUAAUUUCACUUCCUCAACCAUAUAUUGACGGCGAUCAUCCAGUACCUUCUAUAUCUAAACGCGUUAAAUCCGCAGGUACCCUAUCAUUUCGCAAUAUAAAGUAUACAUUGGGUGAUACAUUCGUCAAUGAUUUGCGAAGACAAUUUUGCAUACAUUCUCUCCAACCAGAUCCUCCGAAAAAGAUUCUCGACGACGUUUCCGGUAUAUUCAAAUCCGGAAUGAAUGCAAUUAUGGGUCCAACUGGAUGUGGAAAAUCUUCAUUGAUUGAUGUUCUAGCAGAUCGCAAGGAUCGAAAAGGUCUUUCCGGUGAUAUAUUUCUUGAUGGCUUACCGAUUUCAUCUACAUAUAAGUACAUGACUGGUUAUGUUGUCCAAGAUGACAUUAUUUGUGGUACACUUACGAUCCAAGAGAAUAUUAUGUUCGCUGCUAAUACACGUCUCGGAUCACAUGUUUCAAUGGCAGAACGUAGAACUCGUGUGAACCGAAUUAUUGAUCAACUUGGACUGACACAUCGUGCGGAUACAAGAAUAGGUACUGAAUUUUCGCGAGGUGUAUCCGGCGGAGAACGAAAGCGAACAUGUAUCGGAAUGGAAUUGGUUCUUCAACCGAAAAUCUUAUUUCUAGAUGAACCAACUACAGGAUUGGAUGCAUCAACAGCACGAAAUGUUAUGAAAUUGUUAAGUCGACUAUCUAAACGAGGACAUACCAUUGUAUUUUCAAUUCAUCAGCCGCGUUAUUCGAUAUUCAAACUAUUCGAUCGAGUGGUUGUAAUGUGCAAAGGCAAAAUUGUUUAUAACGAUUCGCCACACUCAAUUUUACCGUACUUCCUUCAACAAGGUUUUAAACGUGAUGAAAAUGACAACCCUGCUGAUUUUGCAUUAGAUAUUCUCAUCGAAGCGAAUCAGAAUGAUGCAGUUUUCUACAAGCUCGUUCGACGUUAUCAAAAAACACCUGUCUAUCAACGAAUACCCUUCGAAAUCGAUGAACAAUUACGAAUCGCUGCUGCUACUGAGCCUCCUGUUAUUAUGAAAAAAAACUUUCGAAAAUCCUUCGCAAAAGAAUUAUUCUACAUAUCAAAACGAACGUUGACCAAUACCAUUCGGAAUCCGUCGCUAUUUUUGUCACAAAUCGUCGUGGCGGUUUUUGUCGGUUUACUGAUUGGUCUUGUCUUCUUCGAUAUGGAUAAAACAGUUGAUCCAGGUGUUCAAAAUCGAUUAGGUGCGAUCUUCAUGAUUGUUUCUAGUCAAAUCUUAGCAACCGUUACUGCAAUCGAACCUUUGGUCAAAGAACGUGCUCUAUUCAUUCACGAAAUUGUUAGUGGAUAUUAUCGAAUUCCAACAUUUUUCGUAACAAAACUUGCUUGUGAUAUGCUUCCGUUACGAAUCGCUCCGUCGAUUAUAUUCUCUAUUAUUGCUUAUUUCAUGACUGGACUUCAGCGUAGUGUCAAUCAAUUCUUUAUUUUUCUUCUCACGAUCUUCAUGUGCAGUCUAUUUGGAUCAGCGAUAUGUUUUUUCUUUUCUGCGCUACUUCCUCUGUUCGCCGUUGCGUUGAUUAUCGUCGUACUUAUUUUCGUAGUUAUGAUGGUAUUUUCUGGCUUUAUUGUUGAUCUAUCCAGCUUAUACAGUUGGAUCUCGUGGAUGAAAUGGCUUAGUGCAUUUCGAUAUGCAUCGAAUAUGUUAACAAUCAAUGAAUUUCGUAAUAUCACUUUCUGUUUAGCGAAUGCCACAUCGAUUUGUCCAACGGUUGGAACUGACAUAUUGAAUAAUAAACGAAUCGAUUACGACACACAUUGGGAUAGGUGGCAAAAUAUUUUAGCACUAGCGAUCAUGUCAGUCGUGUUUUUUCUUUUAGCUUUCAUUCAGCUUAUUCUGAUGAAGAAAACAAAAUAA